AUGUCCACUCGGCAGGGAAGUGGAGUAGGCGUGUUGCUGGUCUCCCCUCACGGAGAACGGAUGCACCUAUCCGUGCGGCUAGACUACAAAGCAACCAACAAUGAAGCGGACUAUGAGGCGCUUAUAGCAGGUCUGCAGGCUGCUCGGCAUGUGGGAGCUAGCAAUGUUUUAAUUCAUUCGGACUCACAGUUGGCCGCUCAGCAACUUUCGGUAGCAUUUGAGAUAAGAAACGUUAGGCUAAAACUUUAUGCGGAAGCCUUCGCCAAACUAAGGGUCGAUUUCCGAGAGGUGGUGGUACAGAAGAUCCCCCGCUCGGCCAAUCAAGCUGCAGAUGAACUGGCCAAGCUGCUCGACCAUGAAGGUGGCAGUUGGGUAGACGAGCUGCCCGGGAUAUUAUGGGCGCUCCGAACGACGCCCAAGGAGGGAACAGGAGCGACCCCCUUUCACCUGGUGUACGGUGGAGAAGCUAUCGUCCCGGUAGAAGUCGGGAUAGAAUCCGACCGGAUCAAAGUCUACGAUGAGAAUAAUGCUGAGCGGAGGCAUUUGGAGCUGGACUUGGUGGACGAGACGAGAGCUAAAGCCGUCGUUUGGCUGAUGGCGUAUCGACAAAGGAUGAAGCAAAACUAUAACAGACGGGCAAUUCCCAGAUCUUUUCAGGUCGGUGAUCUCGUCUAUAAGAAAGUCAAGCCGGUCGGCGACGUGACCAAGCUGGGAGCUCCUUGGGGCGGGCCGUUCAAGAUUGUAGAAAAGUUCCGUUCGGGCGCCUAUUACCUCGAGGAUGAAGAUGGACGGAAGCUAGAACGAUCGUGGAGCGCAAAUCACCUCCAGCCGUACCGAGCUGGGUGA